CAUCAGUUGAUCUUACUUCGUACGCAUUUAUUAAUAUGAAGAUAUUUCUGAAUUUGGGUGUACUGGUCGCAGGCGCAAUUGCCGCUCCUCAGUACGCUCCUGCUCCCGCUCCCUACCAUCCUGCUCCUCACCACCCUGCUCCAGCCUACAAGGACGAGUCCCCUGCUCCCUACUCCUUCGAGUACGGUGUCCACGACGACUACUCCAAAGCUGCCUUCAACGCCGCCGAAACUUCCGAUAUCAACGGUGCCGUGACUGGAUCCUAUUCCGUUGCUCUUCCUGAUGGCCGAACCCAGCACGUUCACUACACGGCCGAUCAUUACAAUGGUUAUAUCGCCGAUGUAAGUUACGAAGGUACAGCGGUCUAUCCUGAUGUUCAUGGAUACGCCCCUGCUCACCAUGCCCCGGCUCAUCAUGCCCCGGCUCCUUAUGCCCCUGCUCCCUACGCCCCGGCUGCUUAUGUACCUGCCCCAACCUACGGCUAAACUGAAAUGUAAUAUCUAAAUUAUCUAUUUAAUUUUGUUGGAAUACACAUUUCCCCGAACUUA